AUACCUUGAUAUAAUCUCGCUCUAUUAAAAUUACUUGGGGUAAUCCUUCAGAAUGUCGUUUAAUUUGGAGAAAUUUAUGAACGAUAUAAAAGGGGAAAUUUUGAGUUUACGUUAUGCCAAGAAACAGGAAUUAUUGUCUGUAGCCCAGAGAUGUGGUCUUGAGGUCGAUCCAAAACAUGUGAAAGCUGUCAUUAUUGGUAAUAUCCUGCAAUUCUUAAUAGAUAAGGGAAAUCAUCGAAGAUGAUGAUGAGGACGUCGAUGAAUUGCGAUCCCUUACUGGAGCAUAUGCCACCCCUGGAAUAGAUCCAAAUAUUGAAAAGUUGCGUCUUCAAAUACAUUUGCAACAAGAACAACAGAAAACUGCUGCACUAGAACUUCAAAAGCAUCAGGAAUUAUUGGCGUUGGAGUAUGAACACAAGUGUAAAGUGGCUGAACUAGAGAUACAAAAGGAACAGAAGUCGGCAAAUAUACAGAUUAAGCUGAAAACUGAUGGAGAGAUACCCAGUAAGUUCGACAUACUCAAAGCUAAAAGCUACUUCCGGAUUUUGAUGAAAAGGACCCAGAGGUAUUCUUUACAACGUUCGAAGACACUGCUAAAAACCUUGAAGUGGCCUCAGGAGCAAUGGGUAAUGGUUGUCAGAAAUCAGUUCAAAGGUAAGGCAGCAUAUGUAAUCUCUCAGAUGGUUAAAGUAAAGGAGUAUGAUGUGAUUAAAAAGGCAGUUUUAGAUGCUUAUGCCAUCACAGCUGAAGGUUAUCGGCAACAGUUCCGCCACUCUUACAAAACGCCUUCACAAACUUUUGUUGAAUUUUGUAAUGACAAAGUUAGGAAAUUUACAAAGUGGUUGCAAAAGACAGGUGUUUCAGAUUUUGAAUCCUUACAAAAUCUUAUCUUAAUGGAAGAGUUUAUUAGGAAAUUACCAAGUAACAUUGCUACCUUCAUUCUCGAAAAGGGAGAAACCAAUUUGUUGAAAGCAGCCAGUUUAGCUGAUGAUUAUUAUUUGAUCCAUAAAACAUAUAAACCAUUUAACAAAUCUAUUCCUUCAUCAUCCACAGCAUAUUGUUCCUAUUGUAAGCAGGAAGGGCAUCCCAUAGAGAACUGUCCUAAUCCUUCGUGCAAAAAGUCUGAUGUUGGAAAGAAUUCUCCGAACCCUAAUAGGAAGGAUAAUAAGAAAACAUUUCAUGUUGCUGCUCAAGAAUUAGAUGAGGACGUCUUCAAACCUUUCACUUGAAAGGCACCGUCAAUGGUAUUCCAGUGGACUUGCUUACGGGAUACAGGAUCCUCCCAAACUGUGGUAGCUCUGCCCUCACAGGACUUCAAACUGAGACAUGAGUAUGUUACCGUUUCUGACCUCAGUACCACCAAAUCCAUGCCUUUGGCAGAGGUGAAUUUACAGUGUCCUUACUAUCAAGGUAAUGUUUUAAUUGCAGUUUCACGAGAUCCUUUGCCUUGUUCAUCUAUCCAGCUUUUAAUUGGUAAUGAUCUUGCAGGGGCCAUUGUUAAUCCAGUAGUAUCUGAUCCUGAUAUUAUUAUAGAAAAUGAGUCCAAUAAAUCAGAUAAUGCUGUUAUUCAAAUGGCAUCAAUUAAACCAAUUGUUAUAGAUAAUGGCAAUAGAGUAGAGAAGACAUUAGACCUUAUAAAUAUGACCAAAUCAAACUUCAAGGACUUGCAGAAUAAAGAUCCUGCCCUUAAGGCUCUUUGGAAGAAAGUUGCAGACCCAGAUGAUAAUCCCAAAACUCCUUACUUUUAUCUUGAUAAAGAUUUGCUUUUUCGACAUUUUAGGUCCUCCAAAGCACCAGCAACCACAACAUGGUUUGACUGUCAUCAACUUGUUGUGCCACUCUCUCUAGUUCCAGCUCUUCUUGAAUUAGCCCACUCUCAUGUGAACCACUUUGGAGUCAACAAGACUUACUCUACCUUGGCUGACGACUUCUUCUGGCCUGGGAUGAAGAAGGACAUUCAACAGUUUAUUAAAGCAUGUCAUCAUUGCCAGACUACAGGCAAACCCAAUGAGAGACUUCCACCAGCUCCUCUUCAGCCCAUAUCCGUACCAAAGUUUCCAUUUGAGAGGAUUAUCAUAGAUUGUGUUGGCCCAAUGCCUAGGACUAAGCAAGCCAGGAGAUGAGGUGCUUGUCUAUCAUCCAAUACCCGGUUCCCCUUUACGUGAAAAAUUUAUGGGACCUUACAAAGUGCUUCAAAGAAUUUCUAAGGUAAACUAUGUUCUCUCUACUCCUGAUCGUAGACGAUCAAAGCAACUAGUGCAUGUGAAUUUGUUGAAGGCAUAUCAAGCACCUACUCAAAUGGUAAGUCAUCUCUCAAUUUCUUCUGAGGCGAAAAUACUACCACUAGAGGAAACUUCCACAGAAUUGCUCCUAGAUCUUCCUGAAGAUGAUCAACUAAUUAACUGGAAAGACAACACCAACAGUCAGAUUCUAAAAUCCUUGCCCCG